AUGAAUCCUCAAACCGAUAAGGUCGUGAAAAGAACGACGAUGGUGGCGACUGCUGUAGCUUCCUACUUCCUCUUAACUGGCGAUUACGGUCCCGAACCAAACGUUCUUGAUCCCGUGAGUUUCCCCCAUUUUUACUUAGAAAUAAUUUUAAGUCUCUCUUUCUGCGAAUUAGAUUUCGUUUCAAUGAAAAUCUGGAUGAGAACUCGUUUCUGCUACCUCUUUCGAUGAGCGAUUAGUGGUUUCGUUCCUUCUUUAGUAGAUUAGUCUUGAUGAUGAGCUUUCUUUCGGGCUGAGAUUUUGGUGAUCCGAAUGUUGAAUCACUUGCUUGAUUCAUUUCUUUAUAUGGUUCGGAAUCAGUUAUUGUUGUUGGGGAUUAUGUUAUAUGAAGCUAUCUCUGUGUGUGUCCAUAUGAUUUGUUCACGAACGUGAUGAGUUUUCUCAGCCAUUUUUAGUCUUGAGAUGCUUACCUAAAUGGUUUAUUUUGUAUAAUUGCAAAUCUAGAUGAGAACUCGCUUCUGUGUUACUUGUUUUAUAUACAUGAGCUGGAAUCAGAAGCUUGAAUUGGGGUGUGCUUUUCUAAUUGAGAUUUUUGGUGAUUCUGAAUGUUGUGGAAACACUUGCUUGAUCCAUCAUUCUAAUUGGAUGUAUGAUUCGGGAUGAACUUAUUUUUGGUGGGUUAUGUUACAUGAUCAUAGAAGCUUAUCAUAUGUUCUCUUCUUGAAAAUGGGUUUUUGUCAGCCAUUUGAAUCUUGACAUGCUUAAU